CAACGGGCUUAAUGGUCUUUGAUUCGACAAGUCGGCUACAUGAGGAAUGAGAACAAUCCAUGACUCUUUUCCAUACGACAUAUACAUCGGCAUUAUCGGAUACAGUGAUCAGAUCGAUGAAUGCUACCCUAUGAAUAUAUAGAGGGCCCUCAACAUUCUUCUAUCCUAGCUGAGAACAAAAACACAUCACAAUGAUGUUGCGUCAAACUACCCAAAGACUUGCUCCUUCCAUCAAAGCUUGUUCAGCCAUACAUCCUUUCACACAAUCAAGAACGAUCAAAAUGGCUGCCUUUUCGGAUAAAUCUUUUGACUUUAAAGGUUAUCAAGCCAAUCGGCCCAGAUAUCCUGAUUUACUGUAUGAAACAGUUUUACAAUUUCACAAAGGUGAUCGUGAAACAGUAUUGGAUCUUGGAACCGGUCCAGGUUUAUCGUUGUUUCCGUUUGCAUAUCAAUUCAAACAUCUCAUUGGCUCUGAUCCAUCAGAAGGUAUGAUCGGACAAGCAGAACAGGCUUGGCAAGCAUGGAAAGAAGAUCAGCAUGACAAAAACAAGAUUCAAGCAAAAGAUGCAAAGUUCAUUCAAGGUUCCGCUGAAAACCUUGAAGGGAUUGCAGAUGAAUCGAUUGAUCUUAUCACUGCCGCACAAGCUGCACAUUGGUUCGAUCCUAACAAAGUUUGGCCGGAAGUGUAUAGAGUUUUGAAACCGAACGGAAGUGUUGCUUUUUGGGGUUAUGGAACGAAUUAUCUGCCAAGACACCCCUCAUUAGCCGGAGCAAUGAGGAAGUUCAUGAGCAGUACAGAUGAAGAUAUGGGUAGAUACUGGCCACCAGGAAGAGAGCUUGUGGAAGAUUUGUUGAAUGGUUUCCCUUUUCCAUCUAAUUCGUCAUGCAUGACAAAAUGGGAUAUUGAUAGUGCUACACGCAUUCAGCAUACCCUUUCAAGCCCUGGCAUUGCGGACCUAGCUUGGACGCAGGGUAAAGCACCAGAAGAGAAGUUCAGAAUGGAGCUCGUACGAUCGUUUGAUGACAUCAAUGGUUACUUUCGAACAUCAUCAGCACUUUCUCGAUACUACAAAGCACAUCCAGAAGCAAAAGGUCAAAAGCCUGAUAUGAUCGACAAGCAUGUAGAGAAGCUAAGAGAAGCAGUGUUGCAAGAACGCAAGGGUGGUGCACAAGCAGAUGGAUUGGAUGAUGAUCAUGUCCGAGUUGCAUGGCCAUUGGGUGUUAUGAUGAUCAGAAAGAAGACGUAAUUCGUCAGAUAUGCUCAAUAUAGGACACCUGGAGGAACGAGAUCAAUAGAGACAAUUCAAUUCCAUUCACUCUCAUAUACCGUGUAAACAUUUCAGCUCUCCGUUCUGCUUCCAUCAAAAUGUGAAUGGACCAGCAUGGGAAACGGAUGGGUUUUUCCGCUUCUUGACUGGGAGAAAGGUGACCUUUUCGAAUUGUGUAUGUGCAUCAUUUCACAAUUGACAUGAAUAUGACAUAGUACCCACAAGUCUGAAGUCCACUGUCGAUGGACAGCAUGAGAAUUAAAGCUUGUUGGAGUGAAUUCUGACCCGUUUGUGUUUUUCUGGGCGAAGAAGGCGCAGUACGCCGUCGUUGAUUGAAAGUUGGCGUAGAAAGAAGUUCAAUACAAAAUUCUA